CCCGCAGGCUAACGAGUGUCCUCGCGCUCGCUCCCCUUCCCUCAGCGUGGGUUUCGCGGCGCGGCGGACAUGGCGGUGGAGCCCUGAGCUCGUCGUGUCCCGGCCUCCAGCGGCGGCGGUGACGGCGGCGGCGGCAGCAGCGGCGGCAGGAGGCGGAGGGGGAGCGGGAGCCACUGAGAUGAGGAGGCGUCGCGCGCGCCUGUAGCUCGCGGGCCUCGCAGUUUGCUUGCCUAAACUGGAUUUGAAGCAAUUUCAACUACUGGAGAUCUGCCAUUUUACAAUAUCACAAUUGGAAAGAAGCAGGUUUUCAAAUAAUGGAAGAGUCUAAGACCUCUAAAAGUGGAAAUCAUGAACCAAAGAAGAAUGUUAUUUGUGAAGAAAGCAAAGCAGUUAAAGUUAUAACUAAUCAAACUUUGAAAGCUAGAAAUGAUAAAUCUAUAAAAGAAAUUGGAAGCAGUUCUCCAAAUAGGAAUAGUAGUAAAAAAAAUAAGCAAAAUGAUAAUUGUACAGAAAAAACAGAAGUGAAAUCAUGUAAAGUAAAUGCUGUUGGUGUUCCAGGCCCUAAAGAUUUGGGGUUAGUCCUUCGAGAUCAGAGUCACUGCAAAGCAAAAAAAUUACCUACUUCACCAGUGAAAACUGAAAAGUCAUCUAUUUCACAGGCAAAAUUAGAAAAGAUACCCAAUUUACAGGCUAAAGCAGAAAAAUGCCCAAAGUCACCUAAUUCACAGGUAAAAGCAGAAAAAGCACCUAAUUCUCAGACAAAAUCAGAACAGGUGCCCAGGUCACAAGCAGAAGCAGAAAAGGUACCCAGUUUACCGUUGAAAGAAAACAUGAGACAGAAAGAAUUACAACAGAUUGGGAAAAAAAUUCCAAGCUCCUUUACUUCUGUGGACAAAGUGAAUAUUGAAGCUGUAGAGGGGAAAAAGUCUGCUCUGCAAAACUCACCUCGAUCUCAGAAUCAACAAACAUGUACAGAUAAUACUGGUGAUUCUGAUGAUAGUGCUUCAGGAAUUGAAGACAUAUCGGAUGAUUUGAGCAAAAUGAAGAAUGAUGACUCUAAUAAAGAAAAUUCUUCAGAGAUGGACUACUUAGAAAAUGCCACUGUAAUAGAUGAAUCUACAUUGACACCUGAGCAGAGGCUGGGCUUGAAACAAGCAGAAGAACGCUUAGAAAGAGAUCACAUCUUUCGACUUGAAAAACGAUCACCAGAAUAUACUAAUUGCCGGUAUCUAUGCAAACUCUGCUUAAUUCACAUUGAAAACAUUCAAGGAGCUCAUAAACAUAUCAAGGAGAAAAGACAUAAGAAAAAUAUUUUGGAAAAACAGGAAGAAAGUGAACUUCGUUCUCUGCCUCCUCCUUCCCCUGCCCACUUGGCUGCUUUAAGUGUUGCAGUUAUUGAAUUAGCAAAAGAGCAAGGAAUAACAGAUGAUGACCUCAGAGUUCGCCAGGAAAUUGUGGAGGAAAUGUCAAAGGUUAUAACGACAUUUUUACCAGAGUGUUCACUUAGGUUGUAUGGCUCGUCUCUGACUAAGUUUGCUCUGAAAAGUAGUGAUGUUAAUAUAGAUAUAAAAUUUCCUCCCAAGAUGAAUCAUCCCGAUCUUCUGAUACAAGUUCUUGGAAUUUUAAAAAAAAAUGUAUUAUAUGUAGAUGUGGAAUCUGACUUUCAUGCUAAAGUUCCUGUUGUGGUGUGCAAAGAUCGGAAAAGGUUGUUAAAAGAAGCUAAGUGGUGGUACUUCUCUCCCCCCUUCAUUUUGCAGUUGUGUUAUAUUGACUCCCAAACUGAUGGUGGAAUCCCUUCUUACUGUUUUGCUUUAAUGGUGAUGUUUUUUCUACAACAAAGAAAACCCCCUCUUCUUCCUUGCUUACUUGGAAGUUGGAUUGAAGGCUUUGACCCAAAAAGAAUGGAUGACUUUCAGCUGAAGGGCAUAGUAGAAGAGAAGUUUGUGAAGUGGGAAUAUAAUUCAAGUAGUGCAACUGAGAAAAACUCAAUUGCUGAGGAAAACAAAGCUAAGGCAGACCAACCAAAAGAUGAUACCAAGAAGACAGAAACAGACAACCAAAGUAAUGCCAUGAAGGAAAAACAUGGCAAAUCUCCAUUAACAUUGGCAACACCAAAUCAGGUAUCCUUGGGACAAUUAUGGUUAGAGCUGCUAAAAUUUUACACACUGGAUUUUGCUUUGGAGGAAUAUGUCAUAUGUGUACGGAUACGAGAUAUUUUAACAAGAGAAAACAAAAACUGGCCUAAGAGGCGAAUAGCCAUCGAAGAUCCAUUUUCAGUCAAGAGGAAUGUUGCACGGAGCUUAAACAGCCAGCUUGUUUAUGAAUAUGUUGUGGAGAGAUUCAGGGCAGCUUAUCGGUAUUUUGCCUGUCCUCAGAGGAAGGGUGGAAAUAAGUCUGCAGUGGACUUCAAGAAAAGAGAAAAGGGGAAAAUAAGCAAUAAGAAACCAAUGAAGUCUGACAAUAUGGCAACCAACUGUUGCAUUUUGCUUGGGGAAAGCACAGAAAAAAUAAAUGCAGAAAAAGAUCAACCUGAUAAAUAUGAAAUGGAAUGUACAUCACAGAGAUGUAUUAUUGACAAUGACAGUUUGUUGGUAAAUGAAGUAGAUUUGGCUGACCGUGGACAGGAAUCUUCAUCUCUUUCUACCAGUGAAGGCAGUGAAUUAGAACCAAAAUCGGUUAAGAUACAAGGUGGUUUAGCACCUUCAGAAACUUGUUUAAAAAAGGAGCUCAGCAAGUGUAAUUGCUUUGAUUUAUCUAAGUCCCCUGACUCAGGUGAAUCUGGUGGAACAGACUGCAGGGCAAAUUUAGCAACGAAGAGUUCACAUCAGAUUGUGUGUGCCAACACAUCUGCUACCUCUUGCAACUGCAAAGCUACAGAAGAUGCAUCUGACCUUAAUGAUGACGAUAAUCUCCCCACCCAGGAAUUAUAUUAUGUGUUUGAUAAGUUUAUUUUAACUUCUGGCAAGCCGCCAACUAUUGUAUGCAGCAUCUGCAAAAAGGAUGGCCAUUCAAAAAACGAUUGCCCAGAGGAUUUCAGGAAAAUUGAUCUAAAACCUCUACCACCAAUGACAAACAGAUUUCGAGAAAUACUUGAUUUAGUAUGUAAAAGAUGUUUUGAUGAGUUAUCACCACCUUUCUCCGAACAACACAACAGGGAGCAAAUUUUAAUUGGCUUGGAAAAGUUUAUUCAAAAAGAAUAUGAUGAGAAGGCAAGAUUGUGUUUAUUUGGCUCUUCAAAGAAUGGAUUUGGAUUUCGUGAUAGUGAUCUGGAUAUUUGUAUGACCCUGGAGGGCCACGAAAAUGCAGAGAAAUUAAAUUGUAAGGAGAUAAUUGAAAAUUUGGCAAAAAUUCUUAAGAGACAUCCAGGUUUAAGAAACAUUUUGCCUAUAACUACUGCCAAAGUGCCUAUUGUAAAAUUUGAACACAGACGAAGUGGGUUAGAAGGCGAUAUCAGUUUAUAUAAUACAUUGGCUCAACAUAACACAAGAAUGCUAGCUACUUAUGCAGCUAUUGAUCCUAGAGUGCAGUAUUUGGGAUAUACUAUGAAAGUGUUUGCUAAGCGAUGUGACAUUGGAGAUGCUUCCAGAGGAAGUUUAUCUUCAUAUGCAUAUAUCCUUAUGGUGCUGUACUUUCUGCAGCAGAGAAAGCCACCUGUUAUCCCUGUUCUACAGGAGAUCUUUGAUGGAAAACAGAUUCCACAGAGAAUGGUUGAUGGAUGGAAUGCUUUUUUCUUUGAUAAAACAGAAGAACUGAAAAAACGUUUACCUUCACUUGGAAAGAACACAGAAUCAUUAGGAGAGCUUUGGUUGGGACUGCUUCGCUUCUAUACUGAAGAGUUUGAUUUUAAGGAGUAUGUAAUUAGCAUUCGGCAGAAAAAGCUAUUAACAACUUUUGAGAAGCAGUGGACAUCCAAGUGCAUUGCGAUUGAAGAUCCUUUUGACUUGAAUCAUAACCUUGGUGCUGGAGUUUCUAGAAAAAUGACCAAUUUCAUCAUGAAGGCAUUUAUCAAUGGAAGGAAACUUUUUGGUACCCCUUUUUAUCCACUCAUUGGCAGAGAAGCUGAAUACUUCUUUGAUUCCAGAGUACUAACAGAUGGAGAACUGGCUCCCAAUGAUCGAUGUUGCCGUGUGUGUGGAAAAAUAGGCCACUACAUGAAAGACUGCCCUAAAAGGAAAAGCAGUUUACUCUUUAGACUAAAGAAGAAAGACAGUGAAGAAGAGAAGGAAGGGAAUGAAGAGGAGAAAGACUCCCGAGACCUUGACCCACGAGACCUCCACGACACUCGAGACUUUAGAGACCCCAGAGACCUUAGAUGUUUUAUAUGUGGAGAUGCAGGACACGUACGAAGGGAGUGUCCAGAGGUCAAGUUGGCACGUCAGAGGAAUAGCAGUGUGGCAGCAGCCCAGCUGGUCCGCAACCUUGUAAAUGCUCAACAGGUGGCUGGUUCAGCCCAGCAACAGGGUGAUCAGUCCAUAAGGACUAGACAGUCCUCAGAAUGUUCUGAUUCACCAUCUUAUUCUCCUCAACCCCAGCCAUUUCCACAGACCUCUUCCCAGUCAGCUGCUAUUACUCAGCCUCCAUCUCAGCCAGGAUCCCAACCUAAACUUGGCCCACCUCAACAAGGAGCCCAGCCCCCCCAUCAGGUCCAGUUGCCUAUGUAUAACUUUCCCCAGUCACCACCAGCUCAGUAUUCUCCCAUGCACAAUAUGGGAUUGUUGCCAAUGCACCCUCUCCAGAUCCCUGCCCCAUCCUGGCCCAUCCAUGGUCCAGUGAUCCACUCUGCACCAGGCAGUGCCCCCAGCAAUAUUGGCUUGAAUGAUCCCAGCAUCAUCUUUGCACAGCCUGCUGCCAGACCUGUGGCAAUUCCUAGCUCCUCUCACGAUGGACACUGGCCUCGUACUGUGGCUCCAAAUUCCUUGGUGAACAACGGUGCAGUGGGAAAUUCAGAGCCAAGCUUUCGAGGACUAAAUCCUCCAAUUCCUUGGGAACAUGCACCACGUCCCCCAUUCCCCCUUGUCCCAGCUUCGUGGCCUUAUGGUUUGCAUCAGAACUUCAUGCAUCAGGGAAAUGCCCGAUUUCAGCCCAACAAACCGUUCUAUACUCAAGACAGAUGUGCCACCCGUCGGUGUAGAGAGCGUUGUCCCCACCCACCAAGAGGAAACGUGUCGGAGUAAUGCGAGUCCGUUUUCUUUCAGCUGGUCUACCGAUGCACAGCAACCAGCCAAUCCUGCUGUCUCAAGGGUAUCCGUACCUCAAUGUCAGUUACAUUCAGCAGAAAAAGUGACAUUUAAUGGAAAGCAAAACAAAUCAGGUCCUGAUUUAAAAUUUUAACAUGUUUAGAUAGCUUAUUUAAAUUUCAAGACUGUUUUUAAAGACUGUAUUAUUUGUAUAUAAAUAUGAACUAUAGUUUUUACUAGUAUCACCAAAUUGAGUGAUACAAAUUUCAUCUAUUUUAUUACCCUAUUUUUAAGGGAAUUUUAUGUUUUGUUUAACCUUGAUGAAUUGUAUAAAGAGAGAAUUUAAAAAUUACAUUCUUUAUUUUCUAUUAGCUGUAUUCAUACUUUGGUUGCUUCAGACUUUAUAUAUUGUUCUUAAGAAUUAGGAAAGAAUUUCAUGUGUUUUAAAUUUGUCACUUCUAUUCUUUACAGAACCUUGUAGUGCCAAAAACUUUUUAAAAGGCAAAAAAAUAAAAUAAAAUUACAACAUGAAGAUUGAGAAUUUUUUUCUUUUACAUACUUGUAUAUUGAACAUAUUCAAAUGAAGAGAAAGUCGCUUUCAGUUCUAUUUAAAGUAGUUCUAUUUUAAGUUAAUAAAUCUUUUUAACAAGAA